AUGACCAGCAAGAAUGAUGGAAAUGUUGUUCUUGAUCGUCAAAACAAUAAUAUCCAAGGAGGAGUUGUCAUAUCUUCUCCUGACGCCCACGUUCCACUGCCCAACUUGAAGUAUGGCUAUCGAAAGGAGCGUUAUCGAUGGGAGGAAUUGAAAGCAAUCAUUCACGACGAACAAGAUUUGGACAAGUUGUCACGAUCUGAAAACGAUCAGAGAGAAUACGAAGUAUUUCGAUAUCACCUAAAGCAACAAUAUUCUUCUAUUGUAGACUACAUUUUGAUUACCAAAUUUGGGUUUGAAAAAGCAAAGAAUGAUACAGGCUUGUGGCGUUCGAUACCGAGUCUUCAGGAAUCCAAAAUCCCACGCAAGACUCUGGUAAAGAAUGACUUUCCAUACUAUACAGCUCCCAACAUUAUACAUUACAUUUUAUGGAAGAUAAAAGAGGACUUGACGCCCACUGAAAUCGAACAAGCCGAUACAGAAUUAAAGACCAGCUACGGUGCCCUUGAUGUUGUGGAAUGGACCAAUCCACCCCAUUUAAAGUCACUGCCAGAAAUUGACCACGCACACUUUUUGUGCCUAAUAAAAGAGUAG